AAGAAUAAUUUCAGUUUAGGGUAUCAGUAGAAAAAGUAGAGGUCGAAGCAAGUAUGAAAUGAAAGAAUAAAAUGAGGCUUACUCGAGUUGUAUUUGGAUUUUAUAAGAGAUACAAGAAAGUUCCUGGUUUACUCUAUGCAGGUAAAAACAAAAUAAUACCAAAGAUUUACCCUCAACACAAGGAGAGAGCUCUAAAAUGGUUCUUGAUCAAUGAAGAAAAUGAAAGGAUUUUGUCUGAACCAUACCUGACAGAAAAAGAGGAUGAGGGCCACAUGGAAGCAUUAGGAUUUACAAAUGAGGCAAGAAUUCUUGAAGCAGUGGAGAAAGAUGCAAUAGAAAGAUGGAAUAAACCAAAAGACAGAAGAAUUCAUUAUCUCGAAGAACAUUAUAAACAUUUAAAUACCAGAAAAUCGUGGGAAUGAAGCUAGUUUGAUUAAUACAAAUGAAUAAAAAUAUGACGUAAAUAA